AUUUCAAGCUCAAACAGGACCACUCUGUGCUCAUUUCUUCGGCUUCUCGUCACCUCGCCUUCGGAACUCUGUCGGCUUACUGCUGCGGCGCUCUCUCCUUGCCUCGUCACCGACGGUUCGUCGUGCAUUUGACUAGAUUCCGGUAUCUUCCCGGCGUCAUGCAGAAUCUGGGCCCGGGCAGCAACCUGGAAGGCAUUCUCAAGUGGAGCCUGACGCACUCCGAUGGCACGGGGCCCGCGAGGCAAAUCACAGAGGAGGAGCGGCAGUGGUUCAACCAGGCCGUGCAGUCGGCGGUCGUGGACGUGGUGCAGCGGAUGAAGGAGAUCGGCAUGCUCAUGGGGGUCACGGAGGAGGGGCUGCUGGCGCAGGGCGUGACGGUUGAGGAGAUGGCCGGGAUGCUGGAGGAACUACAGGAGCACGUGGAGUCCAUCGACAUGGCCAAUGAUCUUAAAGCCAUAGGCGGGUUGGAGCCCCUGCUCCGCUUCCUGCGCUCCCCCCACGCGGUGUUACGGGCGCGGGCGGCAGAGGUGGUAACCACGAUGGUGCAGAACAACGAGAGGGGCCAGCGGAGCGUGAUGGAGGCGGGCGGCCAUCUGACGCUCAUGAACAUGGUUAUGCACGAUGCUGACGUCACUGCCAAGGCCAAAGCCGUGGGGGCGAUCUCGUCCUUGGUUCGCCACAACCCCGAGGGCCUCGCGUCCCUCCGCGCCGUCAUCGGCAUCAAGGGACUCACCUCCUUAAUCUUCACCACCGCCUCAAAAUUCUCCUUAAACUCCGAAUCAGACGCCAGCACAAGGCUCCUCCUUAAAGCCCUCCACCUGACACUCUACUGCCUGCAGCAGUGCCCCUUGGACCGCCCCCUCGCCCUCUCCUCGGGCCUCCUGACCUCCCUGCUGCAACCUGCAGUGGUGGGGUCUAGGGAUGGGGACACCAGGCUCGCUGUGCUGAGACUGCUGCAGGAUCUGGCUCCUGCUAUGGCUACUACUGCCGCUGCCACUGCCGCUGCCACUGCCGCCACUCAAGCCAGUGAUGCUGGGGGUGCGGCCAGCGAAGGUAGCCCUGUAGCAGUGGCAGGGGGCCCCAGCAGCCAAGGCGUAGGGAGCGAAGCCGCAGGGAGCAGCAAGGAGGAUCAAGUGUUGGAAGCUGAAGCGGUGAUUCAAGCUCGGAUUGAUGAAAUAACCGCUCUUCAGAAACGCCCAAGUUCAGGUGAAUCCUCAGGUGCUUCAGGUGGUGAAGCAGGUGUUGAUGCAGGUGGUGUAGCAGAGCCAGAUUCUGGGGAUCUGCAGGAGGAGCUGGAUGCCUUGCUGGCGACACGGCGCGCUCUGAUUGGCCGAAGGAUCGCUGCUGCUAGGGGAGAGAGUGGAGGGGGGGAGGCUUUGGGAGUAGAUGGAGCAGAAGGAGCAGCAGGGGGGGCAGCAGCAGGCGCGGGAGAGGCGGGAGGAGUGGGAGGAGGGACUUCUCAACAGCCGUUGAUGUUUCUGGGAGCACCGUGAGAGAGGUGGGAGAGUGGAGGGGGGAUGCUGGGGGAGCAGAGGGAGCAGACGGAGCAGCAGGGGGGGCAGCAGCAGGAGAUGCGAUGAUGAAUGCACAACAGCCGUUGAUGUUUCUGGGAGCACCGUGACAGGGGUGAGAGGUAAGAGAGCAGAGGGGGGAUUCUGGGGUAAAGGGGCGGAUUCUGGGGAAGGGGGGGAUUCUGGGGGAGUUGAAUCAGCCGGAGGGCAGGAGGAGCAGCAGGAGAUUCUUCUGUUUUUGAGUUGAUUCUGGGGGAGUUGAAUUAUCCGGAGGGCAGGAGGAGCAGGAGAUUCUUCUGCACAUCCCCAGCAGCCGUUGGUAUUUCUGGGGUCACGAUUCACCCCACCGUGUGCACCAUGUGCAGCAACCCACAAUAGUUAGACUUUGGAGUGUCCACCCCAUUGUCUGAUGCCACAACCAUACAUGCGUAUAAUUAAAUGCUGGCUGGAGUAUUUCCCUGGUGUUUCUUUGUGCCAGACAGUGAUCUGUUGUUGGUCCUGGACAAAGAAAGACAGUACAAUGUUGACCAGUGUUGACUUGAUUAGUAUGGCCUGCCUGGUGUCUCGCCAUGAGUGCAAGAUGUGGAAUGUAGCACCAAGUUACGUCCCUGAAAAUGAUCUCCACCCUCUUCUCCACUAGUUCUCAAUCAUCUCUGCAUCCUUGUGUCGU